CCCACUCGCCCGCAUUUAACCCGGCCCGCGGCCGCCCGCCGCUCCUCAGCCCGCGCGGCGCGGGUGCGGCAUGAACAGCGGCACCGGCACCGGCACCGGCACCGGCACCGGCACCGGCACCGGCAGCGCCCGCAGCCCCUGAGCGCCCGCAGCGCCCCGAGCGCGCCCCCCGCCAUGGAGCGCAUCCCCAGCGCGCAGCCCCCGCCCGGCUGCCUGGGCAAGCUGCCCGCCCUGGACGGUGGCGAUCUGCCGGGGCUGGACUUCGCGCACAUGUACCAGGUGUACAAGCCCCGGAGGGGCUUAAAGAGGAGCGAGGACAACAAGGAGACCUACAAGCUGCCGCACCGGCUGAUCGAGAAGAAGAGGCGCGACAGGAUCAACGAGUGCAUCGCGCAGCUGAAGGAUCUGCUGCCYGAGCACCUCAAGCUCACGACUCUAGGUCACCUGGAGAAGGCUGUGGUUCUGGAGCUCACCUUGAAGCACGUGAAGGCACUGACCAAUCUAAUCGAGCAGCAGCAGCAGAAGAUCAUCGCUUUGCAGAGCGGUUUGCAGGCGGGUGACCUGUCAUCGAGAAACCUCGAUUCCAGCCAGGAAAUGUUUCGAUCCGGUUUCCAGAUGUGUGCCAAGGAAAUGCUGCAAUACCUGGCGAAGCACGAGAAUGGCAAGGAGCUGAAGUCGUCGCAGCUGGUCAGCCACCUGCACCGGAUGGCCAGCGAGGUGCUGCAGGGCGGGGCCGCCCGCAAGCCAGGGGACAUCCCUCCAAAAAUGGUGGACUUGAAAGAGAAAACGGUGSCCCUGGGCGCGGCGGGCGAGGGCCACGGCAAGAACUGCGUGCCCGUGAUCCAGCGGACAUUCGCUCACUCCAGCGGGGAGCAGAGCGGCAGCGACACGGACACGGACAGCGGCUACGGGGGCGAGCUGGAGAAAAGCGACUCCAAAUCGGAGCAGCCCUAUUUCAAAAAGGAUACCGACCUCAAGUACGCUGUCCAGGAGAGAAUAAGCUCUAUUAAGCAAGAGACUGAGGACCCGCCGGCCAAAAGGAGCAGGCUGGAGUCGCCGCAGGACGAGGGCCCUUUUGGCAGUGACAUGAUGGGCUCUCCCAGCAGCUUCCUGGGCCCCCACCCUCACCAGCCUCCCCUGUGCCUGCCUUUCUACCUGAUCCCGCCGUCCGCCACCGCCUACCUGCCCAUGCUGGAGAAGUGCUGGUACCCGGCCUCGGUGCCCGUGUUGUACCCCAGCCUCCCGGCCUCUGCCGCGGCGCUCACGGGCUUCAUGAACCCCGACAAAAUCUCCCCCCCUCUGCUGAUGCCCCAGAGACUCCCUUCUCCUGUACCGGCCCAUUCCCCCAUCGACUCCUCGGCUCUGCUUCAAGCUUUGAAGCAGAUUCCUCCUUUGAACUUGGAAACCAAAGACUGAGCACAGUGUGACUGGGUUUUCUCUCUUUUCUUUUUUUUUUGGUUUUUUUUUUUAGUUUGAGAGACUGUUUCACUUUUAUAUAUUGGCUGGAUGAGGUGUGGGGACAAGGUUCACUGCGUGUAGGAAGCUAAAUCCCCUUUUCUCUGACCUUUGUCAGGUAGCUUGGAGAAGGAUGAAGGAUGCRCCCAGUUUAGCAAUUCACAACUACUUACAAAAGAUUAAAGAAGGGUUUUGUGCUUUACCCCUUCCCUUCUUCCCUCUCCACAUCUACAGAUCAGCAGUUGACUCGGUCAGCUGCGAAUCUAUUGCAAAGCUGUGAAGAAAUAUUCCAUUGGGCAGACCUGGUUUGGGGGUCUGCCAAUAUGAAAACGUGAAUAUAAAACACGGUACUUCCCUGAACRGCUCUGAAGGCAGCGGCCCCUGUGGCUGGUUGGAGCUGGGCUGGGGUCUGAGUGACCCUGGGUGUGCAGUGGGGGUGGUGGCAAUGUCACAGUGAGUGCAGGAAGAGCAGGACAGUGGUCACUGGUGAUGGUGGCAUUGUCACUGUGAGUGCAGGAGGAGCAGGGCAGUGGUCACUGUAGUGGUGGCAUUGUCACUGAGUGCAGGAGGAGCAGGGCAGUGGUCACUGUAGUGGUGGCAAUGUCACAGUGAGUGCAGGAGGAGCAGGGCAGUGGUCACUGUAGUGGUGGCAAUGUCACCAUCAGCACAGGAGGAGCAGGGCAGUGGUCACUGUGGUGGUGGCAAUGUCACUGUGAGUGUAGGAGGAGCAGGGCAGUGGUCACUGGUGAUGGUGGCAUUGUCACAGUGAGUGCAGGAGGAGCAGGGCAGUGGUCACUGUGGUGGUGGCAAUGUCACAGUGAGUGCAGGAGGAGCAGGACAGUGGUCACUGGUGAUGGUGGUGAUGGUGGCAGUGUCACCAUCAGCACAGAAGGAGCAGGGCAGUGGUCACUGGUGGUGAUGGCAUUGUCACUGUGAGCACAGGAGGAGCAGGGCAGUGGUCACUGUAGUGGUGGCAAUGUCACCAUCAGCACAGGAGGAGCAGGGCAGUGGCCACUGUGAUGGUGACAAUGCCACUGUGAGUGCAGGAGGAGCAGGGCAGCGGUCACUGCUUGGCCACACACAGGUCAGGCAGACCUAGGACGGGUUUCUCUCCACACCUUUGCUGAGAGGUAGAUAUUUUUUAAGAAACAAAAGGUAGCUGCUGCUUGGAGCUUUCCAUAGCGUGCAUCUAAUAAAUAAAUUAACCUGCGCCCUUCCUGUAACUUGAGCUGCUCCGUUGGGCGGGCUCGGGAGGAGCUGUCCCUCGGAUCACUUUGCUGGUGGCACCUGGCUCCAGCCCCCGCUGCUGUUCAGUGUCCCCGUGUCCCUCGGGAAGCGCCGCGGUUUUCCCGGCCCCGCUGCUCCCGGGAGCUCCGUGCCAGAGGGAGCAGUUCAGCCGGAGCCCCAUCCCCGCWGGACGCACCCCUGACAGUGCCUUGGAAAACGCAAAGCUGGGCUUUCUAUGGGGUUUAAUCCCGGCAGGGUGUGAGCAUCUGGAAUCCUCCGGCUCCUUGGCAAAGCCCGGCCCAACCCUGUGUGCAGGAGAGUGGUGACACCUGCCCUGGAAACUGCGAGGGGCUUUCUCUGCAGAGGAACAUCAUCUCCAAUUUAGCUUUUUUUUUUUUUUAAAUUAAAAACCCCCAAACUUCACUGCARAAGGCAGUGCUUUUUGGUGGUUUUUUUCCUUCCUGGUUUUGAGAAGUGGUGACCAGAACCCCGUUGUCUGGAUCCUCAUGUCGCCCUCCCGUUGCACCAGCUGUUGAGAUGCACUAUGCUUGAUUGCAGAUUGUGUUCUAACGUUUAUUUUGUUGUUGGUUUUUUGGGUUUUUUUGGUAUACAGUUGUUGCCUUUAUUUGUAAAAUCCUGUUAUAAAUAUAUAUAUUAUAUAAAUAUAUUAAAAGUUAAAAUGUUUCAGAUGUCUAUUAUUUGUAUAACUACUUGAGCAUAAAGAAGUGAGAAAUAUGAAUGUAUUCUUGUUUCUGGGUUGUCUUUUUUUUGAAGAGAAGAAUAUUCCGUUUUUCUCUCGGGAGAGGUACAGUGUUUAUAUUUUGGAGCUGCCUUCAAGGUGGGAUAUUGUACAUAUUUUUAUCUUGAGUAAAUGUUAAGUAGUUGUUUAAAAAUGCUUAAUAAAAUAAUUCUUUUCCUGUGGAAGAUAAGGGUUUGCCUC